GAAGACAAAGAAAAACUCAAAAUCUCACCAAAAAGCGUCUUCUGUUUCUGUGUGUAGACAGACAGACUCUUAUUAGAGAGACCGAAAAGAAAAAAAAUACUCAUAAUUUUUCCUGUUCAAAGAUCAAACCUAAAAGAACCCCAAAAUUAGGGCUAAAGUUUUCUCAGUAAUCCCCAAAUUUUUUGGUAAACUGAAGAUGUAAUUUCGUCAGGAGGAAGAAGUUUUUUUCUGUCUUUUAUCAAUUUAAUUUGUUUUUAGGGUUUUUAUAUUCUAUUAUUUUGGAUAAUUUUGAGAUGAAGGAUCCUUCGGAUCGAACAAAAGUUGUGCUUCGGCACUUGCCUCCUGCGUUAACACAGUCUGCCCUAAUGGAACAAAUCGAUGGCCGCUUUGCUGCGAGAUACAACUGGAUUACUUUUCGUCCUGGAAAAACCAGCCAUAAACAUCAAAUAUAUUCUCGAGCUUAUAUCGAUUUUAAGAAGCCGGAUGAUGUUGUUGAGUUUGCGGAGUUCUUUGAUGGCCAUGUGUUUGUCAAUGAGAAAGGUGCUCAAUUCAAAGCUAUUGUAGAAUAUGCCCCUUCACAACGGGUUCCAAAGCAAUGGUCCAAAAAAGAUGGUCGUGACGGGACAAUAUUGAAAGAUGCUGAAUAUUUGGAGUUUCUCGAACUUCUGGCAAAACCUGUUGAGAAUCUUCCCAGUGCAGAGAUACAGUUGGAAAGAAGAGAAGCCGAACGAGCUGGUGCUGUGAAGGAGGCUCCCUUUGUUACCCCUUUAAUGGAGUUUAUUCGCCAGAAAAGAGCUGCGAAGAAUGGAUCUCAGGGGCCAUCAUCUAAUGGGAAGCCGAGUAGAAGAUCUGGUGGACCAUCACCCAGUAAUUCAAGACCAUCUUCCAGCAAGCAAAGGGCUGAAAAGAAGAAGGCAUCCUCGAUGUAUGUUUUGAGGGACAGUCCGAAGAAUACGAGUGUUAAGGAGAAACCAAAUUACAUCUUGGUGCCAAGGCGAGACAACCAGCAUCGUUCAGACAAGUCUACUACUGUAGAAAAUGUCCCAAGCACUGCAGAUGGAGCUCCUGGGACUGUUGUUCCACUAAGGAAGAAAGUCAUGCUUUUGAAAGGGAAAGAGCGAGAAAUUACUCAUGCUUCUGGAAGUGGUUCUCAACCACUAGUUGUAACUUCUCCACUGAAAACUUCGCCUGGUGCAUCCAAUUUCAAACAGAACCAGCGACGUGACUCACGUGAGGCAAGUGCGAAAAUUAGAACCAUACUGUCCAAUAAGGACGCACAUUCUGAGCAGCAACUCCAGUCCUUAACUUUCGAGAAGGAUAAGCGACCACCUCGGCCAAACAACAUGCGUUCAGUUUUGAAGGGCAGUCUUUCUGGUGGUUCACAGGCUGUAUCUGGUUCAGAUUUCGAUUCAAGAAGGGUUGCAGAUGAGAAGGUUAUUUUGAAUGAUAACCAUGGUUUCGUCUCAGGUAACGAGAAGCAAGAAAAACGCACUAGAAAUAAGGAUCGACCUGAUCGUGGAGUAUGGACUCUUCGUCGUUCAGAAGGUUCACAUGCAAGUGAUGAAUCCUUAUCAUCUUCCUCAUCACAGUUGCUGUCGGAAUCUGUGGAAGGGAUAACAAUCACUCAACAUGUACCUGUUCAUGGAAUUACCAAUCCUGGGGAUGCAGUGGACAUUGGGUUCAGUAACAAGCUCAGUAGCAAACCUCGAAACCUGGAGACAGCAGUUAACAAUUUUCAGGGUGUUAAUUCAUCAUCUGCCUACGACCACCCACCAAAUCAUGGAGAAAUGAAAGUGGACAUGCCUAGUACUAGCCGAAGUGAAGUUAAAGCUUUCGGAGGUGGUCGCAGUGGUUACUCUACUAUAGAAAAUGGCUCCCAUAGACAUUCUGGUCGCCGAGGAUCAGCACAUGCGGUGAAGGAUGUUGAUGGAUACCCGAGUCCAAGUGAUGGGAAGCCAUCCAAAAGAGUAGUCGCCGCUAACUAUGGUUCUCAUGAGAAGCGAGUAUGGGUUCAGAAGUCAGGCUCAGGUUCUUAGUACUACAAAAACUGCUUUUGACGCGAAGUUGGGACUUCGAUUUUGGGUGCUGAAGUGUUGUCUCUUCUGCCAUUUUUCCAUAAAUCAUCGUUGGGUCUUCCCUCAUUUUGGAGUGACCCUGUUGCCGUAUGUUCUAGUCUUUCAAGAUCUGGAAUUGGUUUUGCUUGGGAAGGUAAAUCUCCGUGACUACUAUAGGUCAUUCCGGUGGUGAGCUAUAGAGACAGGGAACUAUCAGUUGAGGAUCAGAGAUCACGAGACUGUUGCCCAUUUUGUGGAUUAGAGGUUCUAUACUUAGCUCGACCAAAGAUGAAGACAAACAUAAGAAAGAAAAUUAUUUAUAACCAUAUAUAUAACAAGGUAUAUUUUCAGUGACUUCUCCUUGAGACAGACUUGGUGGAGCCUCGGUUGUUGGAUGAUAUGUUAAACUAGUUGGGAAAAAGCUCGGCACAUCCACGAUCUGACUCAACAUUGGUGGGGUUUGGCGAAGGGCAAUUCCUGGUGGACUAUAUUGUUGUCCUUUUCGCUUUAAAUCUGUGAAUAUAACCUUUUACAACAGGGAGUAGUAGUACUGCUCUUUACUUCUCUCACCCAUGGCACGUAGUUAUAUAUAUAAUUUGUGGAUAUAAUAUAUAUUAUGUUUCAUUGCGAAGCCAACACUAGAUACGUGGGUUUGUAGUUGUUGAUGGUGAAUAAGAGUGACUUUAUCCGUCUUGGGUUUUGAAAGUUGUAUGGGAUGUGUUAUUUUCCCAGCUUGAUCUCAGUUUGCAUUGUCGUGCUUUUCG